AUGCCUGAAUCAACUACUCAAUCUCAUAUCUCUUUAGAUCAUGAGAAAAAGCAAGAUCCACCUGCUGGUUUCUUUGAAAGAUCAACUUUAAAACCAAAUUUACCUGAUUUUGAAACUUACCAAAAAUUAUACAAACAAUCAAUUGAAGAUCCAAAUACCUUUUUCGGUAAUCAAGCUAAAGAAAACUUGGAUUGGUUUAAACCUUUUGAUUUAGCAAGAUUCCCUCCUGAUCCAAAAUUAGAUUUCCAUAAUGGUGAUUUACCAGCUUGGUUUAUUAAUGGUCAAUUGAAUGCUGCUUAUAAUGCUGUUGAUCGUUGGGCUAUCAAAAACCCAGAUAAACCUGCUAUUAUCUAUGAAGCUGAUGAACCAAAUGAAGGUAGAAUCAUUACCUAUGGUGAAUUAUUAAAACAAGUUUCUAAAUUAGCUCAAGCUUUAAGUAAAUUAGGAGUUAAGAAAGGUGAUUCAGUUGCUGUUUAUUUACCAAUGAUUCCUGAAGCUGUGGUAACUUUAUUAGCCAUUGUUAGAAUUGGUGCUAUCCAUUCAGUUGUUUUUGCUGGUUUUAGUUCAACUUCAUUAAAAGAUCGUAUCUUAGAUGGUGAUUCUAGAAUUGUUAUUACUGCUGAUGAAUCAAAAAGAGGUGGUAAAACUAUUGAAACCAAGAAAAUUGUUGAUGAUGCCUUAAAGGAUUGUCCAAAUGUUCGUAAUGUGAUUGUUUUUAAGAGAACUGGUAAUGCUCAUGUUCCAUUCAAUCCUUCCAGAGAUUUAUGGUGGCACGAUGAAUUAAAUAAAUAUGGUCCUUAUUUCCCUGCUGUUGCAGUUGAUUCUGAAGAUCCAUUAUUCUUAUUAUAUACUUCUGGUUCUACCGGUAAACCAAAGGGUGUUCAACAUAAUACUGCUGGUUAUUUAUUAGGUGCUUUAUUAUCAACCAAAUAUACUUUUGAUGUUCAUGAAGAAGAUAUCAUUUUCACUGCUGGUGAUAUUGGUUGGAUUACAGGUCAUACUUAUGUUGUUUACGGUCCUUUAUUAAACGGUGCUACUACGGUUGUCUUUGAAGGUACUCCAGCUUAUCCAAACUAUUCAAGAUAUUGGGAAAUUGUUGAUAAAUAUAAAGUUAAUCAAUUUUAUGUUGCUCCAACCGCUUUAAGAUUAUUAAAGAGAGCUGGUACUAAAUUUGUUGAAAAAUAUGAUUUAUCAUCCCUUCGUGUCUUAGGGUCAGUAGGUGAACCAAUUGCUGCCGAAGUUUGGCAUUGGUAUAAUGAUAAUAUCGGCCGUGGAAAGGCUCACAUAGUUGAUACAUAUUGGCAAACCGAAUCAGGUUCUCAUUUAUUAACUCCAUUAGCCGGUGUAACUCCAACUAAACCAGGUUCAGCUUCAUUACCAUUUUUCGGUAUAGAUCCAAAGAUUUUAGAUCCUACAACUGGAAAAGAAUUAGAAUCCAAUGAUGUCGAAGGUGUAUUAGCUAUCAAGUCUGCUUGGCCAUCUAUUACUAGAGGUAUCUUCAAUGAUUAUAAUAGAUUCAUCGACACGUACUUAAAACCAUAUGCCAAUUAUUAUUUCUCAGGAGAUGGAGCUGCGAGAGAUAAUGAUGGGUUUUACUGGAUUUUAGGUCGUGUUGAUGAUGUGGUUAAUGUAUCUGGUCAUAGAUUAUCCACUGCUGAAAUUGAAGCUGCUUUGAUUGAACAUGAUUUGGUUGCAGAAUCAGCUGUGGUUGGAUAUGCUGAUGACUUGACUGGUCAAGCUGUAGCAGCAUAUGUCUCUUUAAAGAAGGACAAAUUAGGUCCAACUGAUGAUUUAGAUGCUAUCAAGAAGGAAUUAAUCUUGACUGUUAGAAAAGAAAUUGGUCCAUUUGCUGCUCCAAAGACUAUUCUUUUAGUAGAUGAUUUACCAAAGACUAGAUCAGGUAAGAUUAUGAGAAGAAUCUUAAGAAAAGUAUUAGCUGGUGAAGAAGAUCAAUUAGGUGAUAUCUCCACCUUAUCUAAUCCUGGUGCAGUUCAACAAAUCAUUGAAGUGGUUCACACUGCACUUAAGAAAUAA